AUACUAACACCACACGCGCGUACGUGUUGGAAAGAGAACGGCAGCGGUGGAAGAUAUGCACAAGAGCAUACAAAAGCACCAUCCAUAAGCAUGUCCCUGCAUUGCUCAGACGGUCGUGCCUUCAAUCUUGUGCUGGAAAAAUUAAGCAGAGCGCCAGCUUAAACGCAGCGCAGCGCCUUCUUGCGGCCACCAGUUGUGAUUCACGGUCUGCGUCACAAUCCACAGUACCUUUGGAAGGCGAAAUUUACUUGUCCCGUCCAAUCGUACCCGAAAACGUGUUACCGUUAUGCUACAGCACGAGCAACGGUGGCCUCAAAGAACACUGUGAGGUCUAGUGAGUGUGUAAGUGUGUAAGUGUGUUUUUUUGUGUCCUAUUCUCGCCGUGUAAUUAUUAUUGGUAGAAACGUUUUCCGAUCUGCAUUCUUGCCGCGUCCUCCUGGACCCUGGACCGUACGUGUGGUGUGCGUAUUUGAGUGUGUAUUUCUUUUUCUUCUGUCGUUCGAUGUGUGUCUGUAUGUGUGUGCGUACGUGUGCGUGUCCAACGUCGUGCGAGACCAUCAACCGCCGCUGCUAUUGUUUUCAUCGUAAACCGAUUGGCGGUGAUCGCCGCCACACUCUACAUCCAAACGGAUUGGUCAAGCCAGCGUUGUAAUAGUGCGAUUUCGCUCCCACUACGCCAUCGCUUUCGUCGAAGCGAAGUCAGCCGUCUUGUGUGUGUUUUUUUGUUGCUGCUUUCCUUCGCGUAAGGGCCUACCCUCAACUUUCCCAGUACCCGCGAACGAUCAACUACAAAUUUGCUUCUCUCGUCCACACACACACACGCGCGCGUACACAUCCAUACGUAUACAGACGGCUGAGGCACGCGUCAGAAAGUUCUGCACUCGAGCCUGGGUGUGUGAGUGUGUGCGUGCAUGUCUCAGCACACACAACAAUCGCCGAACGUUUUUUGUUGUUGUUGUUGUUGCUUUCCCUCCGUUGCCCAAUUUCCGGUGAAGAGUUUUCUUCGGGCUCGGAUCUCCAGUAGUGACGUCAUGCUGGCAAUGCAAAGCACGAUUGGCGACGUUGGUAGCGCUAAGUGUGCAGCAGCCACCGUACGGUAAACCAAUACCACCGCGCACCGAUCGAUCAGUCAGUCAGGCGGAGAGCACACCGGAAACUGACAGCCAUCAAAUUGCACACAUCGCCGUCAUCGCCGCUUGCUGUGUGUGAGGAGGCGAAUCUACGGGCGAGAGCAGAAAACGGACGACGAGCGAAGAGGAAGCACAAAACGGAGAGAGCAUCGGAACAAGACAGAAAAAAAAGUACAGUAAAGUAUCGGCCCCCGAUCCCUCAGGAAGAAGGAACUAGGAAGGAGCGCACAGCAACGGAAGAAGUGGACCAUGCCGGUACACGGUGGGAUGCAUGAGCGCAGCAGCAGCAGGUUCAUGCCGACGUAAAAGCACAGCAGCAGCAGCUUCAUCAAGACCGCCCGCCUAGCAGGCAGCAGCAAGUCGAGUUGUGUGUGGAAGUUGAUUUAAAGGCAAAUGUGCUGCUGCUCCUGAAAAAAAAAGGGAGAAAGGAACUUCGCUUUGUGUGGUGCAGUUUUCUGUCGAGCGGACGACGAACGGAGAACGAUAUAUAUCCAGUCGACGGCGAAACCAACCCCCGAGAGAGGUGUGUGUGUGCGUAUGACUGACUGUGUGCCUGUGUGUGGGGUUGCAAAUACGGAACGCGAGUGUUGGUGCAGUUGGAAACACACUGCCUAGGGUGCGUGGGAGAGCAAAGGCAAACAAGGGGGCACAAACGAAGCCUACUACUGGCCAUCAAGGGGAAGAUCAGCGUGUAUAUCGGCGAGACCGAGAGCGAGAGAGAGAGUCAGGCGAAAGAGGACUAGGUACGUGCGACGGACAGCGAUAGCAAGGCGAAGGCUCUGGUAGAAGCAAAAAAAAAACCCCUAGCAGAGGGUGGCUAGUCAGACAACGUCACGUACAAAACGCGCGACCCCCGGGGUGUCCAGGCCGGUUUGCGGGACCUCCUCGGAGAGCGAAGAGAGAAGGUCAUAAAAGCUAGAGACGGCAGGCGAAGGGAAGCCCGCGCGGACGGACGGGCGGUGAAAGCAACGGCGGCGGCCGGAUUCGCUAAGGUGGAAAAAUAGAAGAAGCCGCACUACCGGGUUGUGUUGUGUGUUGCGGAGCUGUGCGAGCAAAAGACGCACACAUACACACACGUAGCGAGGAGUGCAAGCGACGUCGAACCGACUACAUCUCUCGAUGGCAAAGGGCACACACAACAAAGCACAGUGAACCUUGUCGGGCGCAAGACGGAAGAAGCGGGACGCAUUUCCAACGCAUCAUAUACCCCCCCUCCCCCCACCCCCAUUUGAAGACGAGGGGGCGCACAAGAUUACGAUCGUCAACCGAGGAUCGAGUGUGUGUGUGCACGCGAGCGCGCGCGCGCUCCCAGGCAGAGCGUCGUCAUCCGCCGGUCCACCGGGGUCUCGACGUGCAGACAGAGCAGGGCAGAAAAGGGAAGAUCAAAAACCGAAAAGGCGGAAUUUGAGAAGAAAAAAGCUCGCGCUCCUCGCUUGCGUUUUUUUUUUUUCGUUGGUUCCUUCUUUCUCGGUCAGCGACAGUGGUGAGCGGGCGGCAGCAAAACAACAAGGGCGAAACAGCCGUUCGAAAGGAGAGAGAGAAAAAAAAAGGAAACGAAAGACGGCAGCAGUUCAACGCGGCGAACCCAUAGUUCGGCCUGACAUUUUGGCAGAACGGCAGCGCGCCCCGUGGUUAGUAGUGUUGCGGAGCCCGAACCUGCACCAUUUCGUACGCUGUGACAGUUGAGCCCGCGCUCGCAAACAGUAGACCGGCCCGACACCGCAAGCGACGAACCCCUUGAAGGCAUUGCCUGUGUGUGCAUAUGGUUUUGCGUCUCGGCAUUUCUCUGUGCUGUUUGGUCGGGAUUGCUGAUUCGGUGGUGUGAGGUGUGAGUGAGAAGCCAAGAAGCAGCAGUAGGGGCGAAGAACACCGACCAGAGGUUGAAAAUUUUUGGUUUUUCUCGGCAAGCGAACGGAACUGGAAAGUAGCAACAACAGCCUGGGCGCAACAAAACACAAUACCCCUUUUACACAGAAGGCAGGAGAGAUAGAGAGAGGUACAGAGCGUGCGAACGAGACGGAACUACGUAUCUUCCAGCCAUCGCGAGCCGAGUGCGUUUUGUCGUCUCCACCAACAUAUACAUCGCACGCAUACAGCGCCACCUAACUCGUUCGGUAUUGUUUUACCUCGUUUUUUUCUUCUGUUUCGUGUGUGCGCCGCCGUUUUUGUUGUUGUUGGGUGGCGUGUCGUCUUUUCACCGGAAAGCGUCUUGAGCCGCGUUCUCACGGUCCCGAAUAUGCACCCGGAGCCGGACCGUGAGUCACUCAACGUCCCGGCAGUGAUGGCAGUAUCAUCCUCGAUGGCAGUGACAGUGCGUCAAGCGUUCGAAAAGACAUAAGCGUUUCUUACCCCCAGUUCCCCCCCCUCCUGCCCGGAAGUCGAAUAACAAAGUGACAGUUUCUGUGUGCAUGUGUGCGUGUUGGCAAGGAUUAAGGACAGUAUGAUACACGUGUUUGUUGUUACCAGCACCGGUCUAGUAGGGACAUCAUUUGCGUGCCUUUAGUAGGCGUUAAGAGUUUGGCAGCCAAGCGUGUGUGGUGGUUGUUGUGGCCAUAUAGUGAGGAGAAUAGGAAAGCGCAAAGGAAUCGGAGAAACAAGAUGAAAAUACACCAUCAUCGGGUACGGUUUACGAGCAGCGUUUUGUACGAUCAUAACUACCAUCGCCACCAACACCACCAGACGACGACGGAGCUACGCAACUACAGUGAGCAGCAGCAGCAGCAGUAUCGUCGUCGCUGGACGCAGGACAACGCCGAAACGGUGCGGUCGGUUGCAGCACCGGUCCGCUGUUGGUUGCAUCGGGUUGCAGCAGUCCGGCACCGCCAUCGCCACCGCUUCUCCCCCCAGCUGCCCACGGCACGCACAGCAGCAGCUGUCGGUUGCGAAACGUCCCGUCCAUAAAACGGGCUUUACUCUAGUGUGCCCGAGCAGGAAGCAGCAACAGCACAGAAGCAGCCGGCCGUGUGUGCGUUCUACGAAGCGCCCGGGUUCUGCCGGGCAAACCAACCCCCACCCGGCUUACCAUAUACAUCCAUGUGUGUGUGUGUGUUUCUCUGUGCGAAUGUUUGUGUGCAUGUAGUUUUGUGGCUCUCUGUGUGAUUGUCCCCAUGCCCCCUCCGCCCCCCCCUCCUUCGUUGGUGGGUAUUGUAUAAAGAAAACGGGGCAAAGUGCGAGCAAAUUCAGUAGUGACUCUUUAUCCCUCAGUGAGGAAACAGACAGUUUUGUUUCCAAGGCAAUCGAUUAUUAUUGUUCUUUUUGGUGAAGGAAUUUGCGCGGUUUUUCAAAUCGUGUUCUGUUCGGUUAUAAGUGAAGUGCGCCGUGCGUGUGUUGAACGCGCCUAGAUCGUGUGUGUUCCUUGACCACGCACAAACGUCCGUGGUUGCUCGCUGCCUGUUCCGCGAAACGAAAGCAAGGAGAAAAAAGGGAGAAGCAAGCGUGCGUGUGUAGUAGCAUUCUGUGUGCCUGUCCCCUGGUGCUGUCUCCUCUCUGCACCAGGUGGUGUGACUGACGGGAACAACGUCGGCGACACACGGCAACACAGCUCUCGAUUCCGGUCAUUCGAAACGCGCGUGUGCUGUGUCCUGUAGUGACGCGUGUGUGUGUGUGCAUUUGGUGUAUACGUACGUUCUACCCGACCAGGUGCUUGUUGCAUCAAUUCAACCACUCCCAAUCAAAUACAGCAGCAGCAGGUGAGCCACCAGGAGCCAGAGUCGUGUGCCUUACCUUAUUCUAGCUGUGGUGCCUUAACACCUUCCUCACCCAUCACAUCGUCAGGAUACACACGUGCGAAAGAAGGACACUAAAGGCGUUUAGAGAACGGCUCGUUUAGCUGUUCCGCUUCUUGACCCCUUAGCUCGAUCAACCAAUAUCAAUCGGUCAAAAGGAGCUGUGCGCUUCGUCGAUCAACACAGGUGCGUCGUGCGUGUGGGGUUUUGUGUGUGCACACAACACCGCCACCACCACCACCACUUCCGACACAUCCAUCAGCAAUCGUCGUUUUCCGUUUUGGAGGUAUCUACGAUUGGAACUUCCAACCCACCCAGCAGCAACGUAAGCAGCAACACUCGGACGUACGGACUCCAGGAGAGUGAAGAGAGCGAGAGAGGGAGAGAAGAAGGGAAAGAGGGACCGGUCUCCCGUGCAUGAUACAUCCGCGGCACCAACACACUUGGAAGCAAUGAAAUCAAGUGCAGUAAAAUUUUGUGCUAUACUACUAAUAAUGCUGUCAUCAGUUGUGGUUCACACAGACUGCUGUUCUAGCAGAUCGAUGCCAAAAUCAAGACCUAGGCCAGUGUCACACUUUCGCGGUGUGAUGACGUCCGCCACCACCACCUUAACGGUGAUCCGGCCGGACGCGACCUCGUCGUCGAACCGGGAACCGCCCGACACAGUUUCGACGGGGACGGACUCGCGCCUGACCGGUGGCAGUGGUGGCACGGGCGCUGGCAGUCUCGGCCGUGGUAUCAGCAGCACCGGCAGCGCGGCAACGAAAGCGAACGGUGGCGAACAGCAACCGUCGCAACGGCACGGUGGCGGCAUACCACCGGGCCGGCAGGAUGCGGGCGGCGGCGGCGGCGGUGGGCGCGUCGGCAACGAGAAGGAUCAGCUGCUGAUGCGGAUGGGCAAGUGUUCGCAGCUGUUCGAGGAGAACUACUGCCUGAACGGUGGCAAGUGUUACAACUUCACGAUCGCGAACUCAACCAUGCCCACGUGCGAGUGUGCGGACGGUUUCAUGGGUGAACGAUGUGAGUCAAAGUACCUGGAUGGGACCUACCUGAGCAUGCGCAAGCCGAAGAUACACAUCGAAACGGCGAGCAUGUAUUACGGGGCAUUUCUUGCCAUGAUGGUAGUGCUGGCUGUGUUCUACUAUCUGCACUGGCUCAACCAUUGCCGCUAGCGAACGCGGAUGGCGGCGGCGCUGGCGGCGGCGACGGUAACGUCGACGGCGUCGGCGGCGACACCAGUGAUCCGGGGCGACGGUAGCGGGACCCGGGACGUCUCAUCCCGGUGCCCGACACCACCGCCCGGGGUCGGUUCGGACCAGCGUCAAUAGUGGAGCCAAACCCCGUAAUUGGUAUGUCCCAUCCUACCCCAAACAAGCGUUUCAAUUACCGAUCCGAUCUUGGAUUCACGUUCAGACCAAACCCAUCACCAUCCCGGGCCAAACACUGGUAAUGGUUUGGCGUGUCUGAACAGGGGCUAGAGCGUGCCGGGGUGCCAGCGCACCACCACCCUUACCGUCAAGCGCAGCACCGUUCUGUGGUACGAGAUGUGGUGGAGCGUUUGCCCUGCACGUUCGAAACACAGCGCAUAGCAAAACGGUUCGAAUGUUUCGAUUCGAAUACACUUAAGUUGAUCUUUAUUAAUUUUUUUUUUAAACAAACAAAUAUAUCGAGUGACAGAGUGAGAAAGAGAGGAGAGAGAGAGAGAGUGGGGAGGAUGAUGCGCGUGACUUCGAUUAUCGUGCUCAAAUGCAGGGUUACGCACACGCGUAACGUAUUCUCAAUUACAAUUCCUUACCCCUUAAGUAGUAUUUUGUUUUUUCUUCUCCCACCUAACUGCGCUACACAAAACAUAAGCGCCAGCAGCUGUGAACAUAUGGAAAAGAGAGAAGAAAAAAAGCUGGAAGAAAAAUACGUUUAAUUAAGGUCUCCUAACCGAAGCAGUUAGAGAGGAUCCAGUCUUAAAGAAUAUAUAUACUUAUAACACGAAGGAAAGCAGGAAGGAAGAGCAUGAUGGGGGGGAUGCGCAGCAAAACAGGAUCUGAUCUAGGUUUAUCUUUUCUUAUACAUACACCCCAAUUUUUUUUUUAUGCUAAUCUCUUCCUAAUGUAAAUAACACAUCUAACCGGCAUCAUUGAGCGUCAAUGCGAACUGUAAAAUACGAACGAGUGUGAUUUAGGCGCUUGUGUAGUAGGUUAGGAUAUAUAGUAUUAAUGCAUAGUACGGAACAGACGGAAUGCGCAAACACAGAGACAAAUGACAACUACUGCAGCACACGCACACGCACCCACACGUACACCUCUAUGACAAAUCUGUACCCACUCACCCACUACACACAUCUAGACGUGGUUGUAAUAGGAUGCAAAACAAGAACAAAAAUACAGUCAUGCUGCAAAUCGUGCUGCACACCUACACACCAAUACGAGAACGAAACGAAUUUCUGAACAAAUAUCUGACUAAAACGAUGGUUGGUUGCGUGUGUGAGUGUAUGUUUUAUAGAAAACUUGAUACUGCAUUCAGUGUCUCAAAAUGCAUACCACAAUUCAUGAAAUAAUAUUUUUGAUUUUCAACACCUAUAUAAACAAUAUAUGGAACAGUAGGGAAAUUACCGGUAAAGCAGUGCCUGGAGGAAACCAGCUAAAUUGUGGGUUGGUUUUUUGUUUGUUUAAUUUUUUCAAACAAUUGUUUUAUGCUUGAAAAAUAAAAGUACUUACAACAGAACAAUUUAUUAAGGCGAAAAGAGGGGGGAGAUAAAGUGUCCUUGAGGUUAUAAUUUUGAACUCAUAAUGUGUCCCCAUAAUGAACUCAUUCAUAUUGUGUGUGUGUGUGUGUGAAACGAUUUAAACUACCGAAGCUCGAAUGUCGUACAACGUCCAGUGAAAAAAAAACACACACAUUUCAUUACUAAAAUGACGCUUAAAUAAUGUAAAAUAAUGCUCACAUUUAAAAAAAAAGACACACACAAACACACAUAUACUCUCACAUUGCAACCACCAUAACGAGUGCCUAACAGUAUAUACAACGAACGUUUACAAAACGGCAGCAGUAGUGCCUCUUAUUACAAUAGCACUCUGUGAAACACACACACACACACACACACAGAGACAAACAGAAACCACAAACACAUACACACAUUAGCUUUGAAAUUGUGAUCCGUAUGAAACAAAAAUUUGCUUUUUCGUUUUCUUUCUUUUUUUUUUCUUGCAUUUUCCAACAAAAUCACGUGUUGAAAAAGAAUUGUAAACUGGAGGAAAAUAAUAAAAAUGUAAUUUGAACAAUUGAGUGCAACACAUACAACCGUAAAUAACCAUCAGGGACCACCACCAGCCAUUUCCUGACUUCGAUUGGUGUGAUUGGUUAGAGUUUGCAUAGGCCAUUAGGAGUUUUUUUUUUGGUGUCAACUAUUGGGUGUUGGAGCUGUUCGGUGGCCGAGGCGAUAACGGCAGGACCGGGGUUCAAAUCCCAUCCAGACCACCUCCCCGUACACAGUACCUGACUACUUUGCUACGGGUAAAAUUAAGUCACAGAAAGCCAGAAAUUGGCAGGCCCGAGACCUCACGAGGUUGUAGUGCCAAGGAAGAAGAAGAAGAAGAUUGGGUGUGUGUGUGUGUGCGCGCCGGUGAAAGUGAAGCUGUUUAAUGUGGAAGAGAAAAUUUAAGCAAAUAGCAAAGUAGCAAAUCUCUCGUAUAUACGCACCCCUCUGUCUGUCCGAUGGGUAUAGACAUCGUGACAGAAACUCUCAAAUAUUUUCAUUUUUCUUUGCAAUGUUUUAAAGUACGUUUUAGUACUUCUUUUUUUUGUUUGUUUGGCCUAGAUUGUGUGCUCUCUUUAGGGUUAUAGGUACCGCGUUGGUCGUUAAGCGUCGUCGUCCAGGUUGUAAUCCACACGCACUGUAUGUCUUCCUUCACCGAGCAAAAGGGCAAACAAAUGCAUACAUGCAACGAAACAAAUGCUGCGUGUGUAAGGAUUUCGCCAAAUUUUAUUAAUCUCUUUUUGUUAUACAAAAAAAAACCAAACAAACAAGCUCAAAAAUUGUGCUCAACUUCUUUCGGCCGCAGUAGUAGGUCCAGCCUGUUUUGGGGCGUAUUAUUUAGCAAAAACGAAAACAAACAAACCAUUCCAAACUGCCGCAUACACGACACGAUGUUGGACCAAAAUUACAGGCUUAGAGUACAAUUAAAAAGUCCCCAUAUGCGAACGCGGGAACGAAGUUUUUUUUUCUUCUUUUACUUACACGCGAUGGGUCCAGUAUUAAGAAGAGAAGGGGAAAAGGAGAGAGAGGAAACAAAAACGCGGCGCGCGGGAAAUCUUCCGGUAUUGAAAGCAGCAACGAAUUUUAAAGUUUUCCCGCAUUUUUUUUUUAAUAUUCCAUCCAAAAUAUGUUAAUAAAAGCGGGGUAGAACACUUUUUAUAGGUUUAAAGAAAGGGAGGAAGUAUGUUGAAAAGGAGGGUUAAUAAGAAAGUGGGACGGCGGGGCGAUAUGUAUGUUCCAAGCAUCAGUAUUAUUCACAGACACAAUAUUAAACACUCGUAAAACAAAACAACGCAUCGUGAACGAAGAGAACGUAUAGAAACGAAUAUACGAAGAUAGUGAAACACACACACACAGACACACAUCUCCUUAAUAUAGUAACCCUUACAUCGCGUAUAGGCAGAGGAAACCUUAUUUUAUUCGAAUUAUCGCACCAAACGUGACUUGAACCGACCGAAAAAAUUACAAACAAACAAGCAAAAAACACGAAAAAGACUGGAGAGACAGAGAGAGAGAGUGAGAGAUUUAUGGGGGAAGAAAAAAUGUAUCUAACUGCGAUCAAAAAACAAAAGCGAUCGUAAAGAAAAAGUAAUAGUAAUAGCUAAAAAAAAAGAAAAGACGUUUCGACACUUUCUAUACAAUGCAGCAAGCAGAAAGGCCUUUCACUCUCACUCUCUAUUAGCGGUAUAUCAAAUGCCAUAAUGUGCGAUAAUUCUAUAUUCGUUUGGAUAUGUUCUUUAUUUGUUGUUGUUUUGUAUACUUUUUUUUUAAAUACUUACCCACGUACAUGCACACACUUACGUAAAAAGGAGGAUGGAGGAUGAGGAGUCGAAAACAACGCCGAGGGAAAAUCGAUUAGAACGAUAAAGCGGACCCGUGAGUUAAAUUACGCCUUUAAAAAGAAAGCGGAAAACGAAUAGUUAUAUUAUCCUUUAUAUAUAAACAGAUAUUAUAUUAUGCUGGCAUUAUUAAAACUGUGUUCUGUGUUGUAAUGAGCUAACGAUUAUUUUUGUAUACACUGAUUAUGCGUUGCGCGGGAGAGGCAAGUGUUGUAGCUGAUGGGGGGAAAAACGCGUUUACUAUUAUAUAAAAAUUUUCCUAGCUUAUGCUCUUCAAAGCUGGGAAAAAAGAUUCCAAGAGAAACGCUUCCGCAUAACGAAACAGAACUGACAUUUUUGUAAUACGCAAAUCAGAGGAAAGAAAAAGGGGAAUCGCGGUACCCGAAAAAUUAUCUCAUAUGGAUUAACGAAGAAGGAACAAAAAGAAAAAAGAAAACACGCACGCCUUACGUAAUGUUAACGGGGGGGGAAAAAACCGAACGAAAAAUAAAAUCGUUUUGCGAAAAGACAUAUUUUUUUUAAAAGCGAUUAUGAACAAAUGAGAUGGCGCACUGUAUGAACAAGGUUAGAUGUAAGAGAAGAACACGAAACGCUUAACGGGAAGAGAAGCAAACAAAAAAAGCGAACAAAUGACAGUGGGAGAGAUAGGUAGAGUGGGGUGGUGAACUACCCCAAUUUCCACGCCAAUCCUCUCCCCCAUACACACACACACAUAGGGCAUAGGGCGAAAAAGGAAACAAAAAAGCAACGACGCUUGAAGCAGACGGGGAAUACUAUUUAUUACUGGCAAAAGAGGAGAGUUGUUGGUGCCUUUCUUUUUAUUAUUGGUGACCGCGUGUGUGUGUGUGUGUGUGGUCACCGUUGGGAAAAGAUGAUCAAAAUUUUAUGAAAUAUACAACCUCUAUUAUAUA